UAAAUCUUCUUCUCUUCACUUCAAAUCCUCACUUCCUAGUGUUGAAAGAAAGCCGAAAAUGGGCGAAAUCAAUGUGCCUCUUCCACCCUUGUCCAUCACUGCCGACAGUACUAAGUUCUCUCUGCCGGUAGAUUCGGAGCACAAGGCAAAAGUCCUGAAAGUCACCUCCUUCGCUCAGCCCCACAUGCGAUCCUUCCACCUAGCCUGGAUCUCCUUCUUCACCUGCUUCAUCUCCACCUUCGCCGCCGCCCCCUUGGUCCCCAUCAUCCGCGACAACAUCAACCUCACCCGCUCCGACAUCGGCAACGCCGGCGUCGCCUCUGUCUCCGGGAGCAUCUUCUCCCGCCUCAUGAUGGGCGUCGUCUGCGACCUCAUUGGCCCCCGCUACGGCUGCGCGGUCCUCAACCUCCUCGCCGCCCCCGUCGUCUUCUCCACCGUCUUCGUCUCCUCGCCCCAGGGCUACGUGGCCGUCCGCUUCAUGACGGGCUUCUCCCUCGCCACCUUCGUGUCGUGCCAGUACUGGACCAGCGUCAUGUUCAACAGCUCCAUCAUCGGCACCGUCAACGGCGUCGCCGGUGGCUGGGGCGACAUGGGCGGCGGCAUCACGCAGCUCCUCAUGCCCUUCCUCUUCCACCUCAUCAAGAUCUCCGGCGCCACCCCCUACACGGCGUGGCGCAUCGCAUUCAUGAUCCCGGGAUGGCUCCAUGUCAUCAUCGGGGUCAUGGUGCUGACCAUGGGUCAAGACCUGCCAGAUGGCAACCUUAGCACUCUCCAGAAGAGUGGCGAUGUUGCAAAGGACAACUUUUCCAAGGUAUUCCGCCACGCUCUCACAAAUUACAGAACAUGGGUUUUUUUCCUUCUCUAUGGCUUCUCCAUGGGAGUUGAACUUUGCAUUAACAAUGUCAUUGCUGAAUAUUUCUACGACAGGUUCAACCUGAAGCUACACACAGCCGGAGUAAUCGCGGCCACGUUCGGAAUGGCGAACUUCUUCGCGCGGCCCUUGGGCGGCUACGCCUCGGACAUAGCCGCCAAGAGGUUCGGAAUGAGGGGCAGGCUGUGGAUCCUAUGGAUAUUCCAAACACUAGGAGGAGUGUUCUGCAUGUGGCUGGGGCGCUCCAACUCACUGGUGAUGGCCAUCGCCUCCAUGAUCCUCUUCUCCAUCGGCGCACAAGCCGCCUGCGGAGCCACGUACGGCAUCAUCCCCUUUGUUUCCAGAAGAUCGCUAGGGCUGAUCUCCGGCCUCACCGGCGCCGGAGGGAACUUCGGCGGCGGACUCACGCAGCUCGUGUUCUUCUCCGGCACGCGAUUCUCCACCGCGGACGGCCUCACCUACAUGGGAGCCAUGGCUGUGGCGUGCACGGUUCCGGUUGCGAUGAUCCACUUCCCGCAGUGGGGGAGCAUGUUCCUGCCGCCGUCCAAGAGCGGGAAGCACACGGAGGAGAGCUACUAUGCUUCGGAGUGGAGUGAGGAGGAGAGGGAGAGGGGCUUGCACGGCGGCAGCCUUAAGUUCGCCGAGAACAGCCGGUCCGAGCGUGGGAGCCGGGCCGAGAUCGCAGCGUCCUUAACCCCGCCGGGCUCCACUCCGCUUCAUGUUUAGCCACAACCUUUAUUGUUAUAUUUUGUGUAAUCUAAAAGCGUUGUAUAUCAUGAUUGGUCGUAUUUAGUUGUAAAUGUACAACCAUGACCGGCGCUUUUUUAAUUCUUGUCACUCUAUUGUAUUUUGUACUUACUGGAUAUGGAUCAAAAUGUUGGCUUCUUGCUUCGUUGUU